CAACCUCGUAAGAUAGUUUAGGUUUUAAAAUAUUUUAUUUGUAUGCUAUUUAUUAGUAGAUUAUGGCAAAGUCAAAAUACUUAAAAGUGUUUUUGGAGUCGUCUCUGAACGAGAUUUUUAAAGCCACAGUAAGUGACAUAUUGGAGUCAGUGGACCAAACAUUGUCUGAGUACAAGGGCAAAAUACAAAUAAUUGAAAGUGAGAAUGAGGAUCUUAAACGAAGGCUGCACGAACAAGACAAUAAGGAUUCGAUAGUAAAGGACCCUGGAUGUAACCAGGAUGUCGUUCACCUCCCUGACUCCCUGAGGACAUGUUCCAGCCGUUCAUCUAUCUGCCAAUCCCAGAAGUCAAUCAAAACACAGGGCGAUGAGAGGAGGAGCUCCAGGAGACAGCACAAGGACAAGAUGCCUCAGAGCAGAGGGUCUGUCUCCAUUAUGGAUCCAGCAGCUCAGCAGGAACCAGAAUGCCUCAAAAACAUUUCAGACGCUGCUGUUUCCACCCUAAUUUUCAAAAACAUAAAGACAGAACCUGAAAUGGAGGAUGACUAUGCCAUAGACCUCUCAAAGCCCCCAUCUCCUCUCAACCUGGCACCUAAGCAAAUUAAGGUGGAGAGCGCUGAGUUGAGCUACAUCAUUCCUGAAGAGUAUGAUGAACAUUUUCAGUCGCCACUGGACACAGAUGUGGACUCUAGAGACAGCGACAGUGAGGUCAAAGUCACCAUAGUGUCUGACAGUCACAUGACCAUGGAGAUGGGAGACGAUGAGGGCGGCCAUUUUGUUGAGUCGGAGGGAAGGCUGUGUCACAAUGAUACUGGAGAGGCUGAGCCAGAAGUAGAUCCUUUUUUGACAUACUACCCUGACAUGGGAACUGACCCUGCUGGGACGACAGGGGAGGACAUUUUACCCACUCUGAACUCUCACGCUACAGAGCCCUCUAAAAACGCACAAGGCUUCUACAACUGCAUCCAGUGUGAGAAGAGAUUUAGUCGAGUGAGCUCCCUGAACAUUCACCUGAGGACUCAUAGUGGCGAGAAGGCCCACUGCUGCAACUACUGCGGCAAGCGCUUUGGCCGGGCAGACCUGCUCAAGUCCCACAAGCGCACUCACACGGGAGAGAGACCGUUCAGCUGCAACCUCUGUGGGAAGAACUAUAGUCACCCGGGCCAGCUCAGAAUACACAAGCGUGUUCAUACGGGAGAGAGACCGUACUGCUGCCCACACUGUGGAAAGCGCUUCAGUGAACACAACCAGCUUAAAGUCCACUUACGAACUCACACAGGAGAGAGGCCAUACAGUUGCACUGUGUGCGCCAAAACCUUUAGCAACGCAGGUAACCUGAGAAUACACCAGAGAAUACACACUGGGGAAAAGCCUUACUGCUGUGUACAGUGUGGCAAGAGGUUCAAUGGUAUGGGGGACCUCAAAACACAUUACAGGAUUCAUACAGGGGAGAGGCCGUACCACUGUGACCUGUGUGAGAAGACCUUCAGCCAGGCAGGCCACCUCACCAUACACAAGCGGAUGCACACGGGAGAGAAACCAUACACAUGCUCAGAGUGUGGUAAGAGGUUCAGCGUGGCGAGUAGCCUCAAGCUGCACCUGAGGACUCAUACAGGGGAGAAAUUGUACAACUGCUCUUACUGUGGGAAGAGCUUCAGUAGGUCUGGCCAUCUGAAGAGACACGAGCAGGUCCACACCAAGGAGAAGGUCUACCCCUGUGACCAGUGUGGGAAGACCUACACCGACCAGUCAUCCCUCAAAAAGCACCAGAAGACUCAUAAAGCUGAGGAGCUGAGGACUGAGGAGAAUGAGGGCAGUACCAGUGGGACUGAUGUUCCCCAUAACCUGGAAAUAAAGACUGAGGACUAAGACUGUUAUGUCAUGGUACUGUAUGUGUUACAGUGCAACUAUAUAUAUAUACAUACAUACACACAGUUGAAGUCGGAAGUUUA